GAUUGCCCCCGAAACUGUGAACGCUGGAAGAAUGGGACGGAAAUAUUUAAAAUGUUUUACGUUUGUUUUACUAGCCUUGGGCUUCUCUACGAUUUGUGCGGCUCAAGAUGGUAUUACCUUGUCAAUCUAUACGGUAACAUCAAAAAGUAUAACGGCACAAUGGACUCCUCAAUCAAUCGCCAGUUCAUACAAGAUCACAGCAACACCAAUAAGUUCAUCAGAACCGCCCGUCUUCACCCUUUUCAGUGAAAAUGUAGUAAUAGGUUCAGUGAUUUCCCUUUCCCCCAACACUGUGUAUAUUGUACGAGUAGAUGCUAUGGAUGACAUGGGUCGUAUCUUGACCAGCGCAGAAAUCGAAGGAACCACUGCCCCCGAUGUUCCGGUUAUCAAUGAGGCGUACUCGGAACAAGGCGACAGCAUCACCGUGGAUUUCAGCCCGAUGUUCGGGGCGAGCGCCUACAUUGUGCGCCUGGAGUCUGAAACAUUGGACUUCUUCUCUGAAAUCCAAGUGUCCGACACCCCAGCAACUUUAAGCAGUCUCCAGCCGUUCACUGAAUACGCGGUCAGUAUCAUGUCUGUCAACGCUGGAGGAAGAAGCCAACCGUCUCUGGUCAAGAUCGUGAAGACAGUGGUGGGCACCCUAGAGCUCAACACAUCCUCUCCCACCAACGACAGCAUUGUCUUAACCUGGGAAAUGGUGGAACACGCAGUGUUGUACACGCUGUCCCUUUCAGAGGAGGGGUCAAGCAUUACGGUCCAGGUGAACACUACGAACACCACGAUGACCUUCACAGAUCUGGAACCUGGCACCACCUAUUGUAUCAGUGCCAAUGCAUGGGGCUCUGAUCAUCUCCCGAGCGGUGAUGCCCACGUCUGUCAGAUUACACGUCCCCCUGUGCCAGAGUUUGUUUACAUAAUGCUGGCAUCGGGACGCUCCGUGGGCGUGGCUGUCUACUGGGACAGCGUGCGCGGAGCAGAGAGCUACUUUGUCGUCAGCUCUACGGGGCAAAAUUGCAGUUCUUUCACCAAUAGCUACUGUGUUAUCUCGCCACUGCUCUGCGGGCAGAACCAUUCAAUCACAGUCACUGCUGAGAACCAGGCUGGUCCAAGUUAUCCCUCUAAUCCAGAGGACUUCCUCACUUUCCCAUGUCCGCCAGAUUCUCUCUGGGCAGAGGAAGCAGUCUCUGAGAACUGCACUAUAAUAUGGAAGGAGGUGUUUUUUGUGGAUUACUACAAGGCAUUUAUGAGGAGCCACAAUGAAAACGAGGAGCUAUGCAACACCACCAGCAAUGCCUGCAGUUUCCACUGCAAGUGUGGAACCACAUUCUUCCUGACCGUUUUUGCAUUUAACUUAGCUGGAGUCAGCCCACCAGGACCAAUAAUCAACUAUACCACCACGCCUUGCUGUCCAGAUAAUGUGUCUGUCUCCCUGAUAUCCACUGAGACCCUCGAAAUCACCUGGGCCCCCAGUCGUGGCGCUGACAUUUAUGAGACCAAGGCAGUCGGCACAUCAGAUCUCAUAAACUGUAAUGACACAGCCCCCAUUUGUGUGCUGUCCGACCUCAGCUGCGACACCAUAUACGAUGUUGUGGUCGUGCCAUGCAGUGAGAUCCGGGGCUGCACCCAUACUUGCAAACCUUACUCUGCAGAGACCGCUCCUUGUUCCCCAGAGAUUCUGAACAUCAUGCAAACCAACGUGUCCUCUGUCAACAUCUCUUGGAGCAUAAGUAACAACGAUGCUAACUAUUUGGUGAAUGUAGUGGGUCAGUCGGACUCCCGCUCCUGUCAGUCAAGUGGAUCAUUUUGUGAAGUCUCUAAUCUCACCUGUGGCUCCGUCUAUGAAAUCACGGCUUUUGCCAAUACGAGCGUUGGACAGAGUUUACCCAGUUACUCUGUAAAUUUGGAAACAGGACCCUGUUGUCCCCAGGGCUUGACCGUAAAACAGGUAACCCGGGCCAUGACAAAUGUCACCUGGCCAGCAGCUACAGGAGCCCGGUCUUACAUUGCGUCACUGAAGUCACCUAGGGGUGAUGCCAAGUGCCACACUAUCAACCCACACUGUCUGAUGGGAUGCAUCACCUGCGGGACAAACUACACCGUGUCCCUGGACGUCAUCAGUAGCACGGGGAAGACGUCCGAGUGCACAUACCAAGGCUUCUCCUCCGGUGAUUGCUGUCCCUCCAACAUCAGGCUGUACAGCAUGGCCAACAACACAAUCCGCGUAUACUGGCACUCCUUUGCAGCUCUCAGCAAUUACACGGCUAUCCUGACUGGCAUGGGCUCCAACUACAGUUGUAGGUCUUAUCCAGGCAGAAAGUCCUGUGAUAUAACCGGAAUUGUAUGCGGUGAGAUGUACACUGUUGUAGUAGCCCCUCUGUCAGCAGAUGGCGCCAAAGUCGAGUUUUGUCCCAGGAGGCGGUAUUCCGUUUCCUGUUACGCAAGUGAUAUGGAAAUGGUAAUGUCCUGGAAGAGGAGGAGAAGUGUGAAUUAGCCGGUGACAUCAUACCUGCCAGACCAGCCACUGGGGAAAAGUUUCUGUCUUGGAAAUCCCUUUCAUUUAAUCAUAAUAACGGUGCAUAGCUUCCCCUACAUGCAAUAUAAAAAUUAUAUUUGAAUUAAUAUUAUUGAACUUGAGAUUUAACUAAAGUUGAAUUCAAUCUUAGCAAAUACAAUAGGCAUUGAUGAUUGUGAGACAUGCGUAUCAUGUGAUUACUGUAAUGGGUGUUAAAGGACAUGUUUGUCGCUGAAAUAUUUCUUUUCCUAUAUAUUCAUAAAACGUUCUAAUGCGAUGGUAGGUAGUGACCCAAACGAUCUAUAAGAAGGAUGAAUUAAAAGAUUCUUGUAACAGUUCGUCAAUUUAAACAUGACAUUUAAACAGGAAUGUCCUACAUAUUAUUCCUUCAAAGACUGAUACCCAAUUAAGCCCCAUACGGGUCGUCUAGCAUAAGAUUAACAAUCGAUUAAUCGAUCUUUUUUAGCUUUAGAAUUGUAAUAUAUUGUGGCGCGAGUACCAGGCACAAAAAUGGCCUUCACGGGCACGUGGCAUUCACUCUACUAACUCACACAGACUGCCCACUACUCACACACCACACCGUGGGCGCACAACACACUAUUAUUUAUAACAAUUAACGCUGAACGCUACACAUAACAUUAACGCAUGGCACAAUAGCGACAGAAUACAUGCUAACUACACAGAGCUAUUUACAUUAUUUACAGUUGGCAUUAGUCCAGCAUGCUGCGUUGCCCCAUGGGUAGCCCUUGCACCACGUUACAUUCCCUUUUGGAUGACAUAUAAGAAAGUGCGACGAAUCUCUCAAUUAAAGUAGGCCUGCGUAUCUGUCCAUCUAUACCUACGAAGGAUGUAUUUCUG